GUGCGCAACAUCAAAGCCGAGAUUUGUUGAGCGCAUGCAUGACAUUCGAAGACAGCUGCCAAGAAUUUGCCUCGAAUUACUAAGUUUCUUUUAUCAAUUUUCAAUUGCUACUAGCGCCAUAAAUUAUUCCAAAAGAUAGCCUAAACGUCUGAAAUGACAGGGGAAAGCGGCAAGCAGAAACUCAUGAUUGGGGCCAUGUUUCGAGGGCCCGGCCCAUGCUAUGGUCUACCAGACACCCUCGGUUUUCAAAAGCACGAUUUCACGAAGUCAAAAGCACCAGCUUACAGUUUUGGAGUGAGAGGAAAAGCCAAAGACAAAGAUGAUUGCAGUCCUGGCCCUGCUUAUCAUGUUCCAGAAAAGAUGACACGAAAUGGUCCCGAUGGGGCUCCAAAGUUUUCGCUCAAGGGAAGGCCAAACUUGCAAGCUUCCUUUCGGACACCCGGUCCUGAUGCUUAUUAUGCCGAGAAAGUAGUUCCACUAAGGGAAAAGAAAGCUCCAGCAUAUUCAUUUGGUUCAAGAACAAGAUAUUCACAAAAAGAUGGCUAUCCAGCCCCAAACCAGUAUUCACUUCCAAACCUGACAUCAUCAAAAGUACCUCACAAGACAACUAUGCCCAGUUAUUCCAUGACAAGCAGGUCAAAGAUCGGGGGCUUUCAUGAAGAUUUGCAGAAGACUCCUGGCCCUGGUACAUAUAAAGUUGUGGACCCAAAAGUUUACAAAACAAGACAUGCAGAAUUCUCAAUGAGUGGAAGGAACAACAUGCCAGGAGACAGCACCCAGAAACCAGGUCCAGGUGCUCAUAGCCCAGAAAAGGUUUAUGUCACUAAGAAGCUCGCACCAAAGUUUUCAUUUGGUAUUCGCCAUUCAGAGUACACUGCUCCUAUCAUAUUUGCAUUUGACUAGAUGCCAUCAAGGUCAGUGACGUAUUGAUGGAUAAAACCCUAAAGCAUCACAGAAAAUAUCUUUGUCUAGAAGAAAGACUUUUACCUAGCUUUCUAUGUAAAUGUCGAGAUACUCUGGUCUUUACAGUAUAUUUCCAUUUUCAACAGUAAGAUUGAAAAUUUGACCCACUUAAGUUGUCUGAAUUUCCUAUUUAAUCUUAGAGACUCUAAUUAGUGAAAUAGUUAGUCUUCAAAGUUAUAUCCUGCCUAAUCUUCCCCACUUCUCACCAUUUGUAGACUGAUAAUGGACUUUUUAGCAGUUGAAAAAAAUGAAAGAAAAAUACUACACCCUGUCUUAUGUUUUUGUGUUGACGAUGUUGUCAGGGGAAUAUGGACACUUUUAUUCUUUGUAGCUCCUUUAACAUCAAAACUUUUGCAAGGGGAUGUGUUUCAAGGGGAUUACAAGUAUGCUGUAAGGAUAUGAGUAUCUGGCUCUUAAUGUAUUUUGAAUUAAAACUUAGAAUGAUUGUUGUGAUUUUUUAUGAUUUUUAUGCAUCCUUGACUGAUUGUAAAUGAUCUUGUAAAUUUUUCGAAGUAUCAAAUAGUAAUAAAGCAGACUGUACAAAAGAA